CCUUGACGCUGUUUGUAAACUUCGCGUUACAUACCAGAAUUCCUCCUCAUCAAAAUGACGUAUCAUGAAAUGUACAGAAGUACUACACUGGGGACUACUCUCAGAGAGGCGUUAGAUGAGAUGUUGGCGCAUCACUUACUACAACCUGGUAUGGAUAAUAAAGUAAUGAAAAAAUUUGACCAGUGUAUUAGUAACGCGUUGGCGAAACGUGUUAAGAAUCGUCUGUCUCUUCGCGGUCAUUUGAAUACCUACAGAAACUGUGAUAAUGUAUGGACAUUAGUAAUGAACGAUGUAGAAAUAAAGGACUCAUCUGCCAUCAUGACUGUUGAUAAAAUAAAAAUUGUUGCAUGCGAAGGGAAGAAUGCAAAACCCGCAUCCUCAAAACUAGGCACCACUUCAACGAAUGAUCGUCUGAGAACUGCUGGCGUCAGUGGGGAAGAUAACGAACAACGUGAAGCAUUUGGUUCCGGAGAUGAAAUGGAAUGAAAUGCUACUCUCUACUAAGCUGUUCUAUUUUGUUAGAAAUAUCACAAAAAGAAAGAUGUACAAAAUAAACCUUUUCUUAUUAAACAUAUCAUUGCAAAAAAAAUUACUUUUUGACAUAAUACUAGCAUGUAAAAGCAAUUUUACAAAUAUUCACUAAACUGAUAUAUAUAUAUAUAUAUUCAAAAGAAGUAUCCCCACUUUCCA